GAUUCGCCUUGUGACACAAUUACACCAACUUUGUGCUGGUGUCCGAGAAGUUUGUUGCUGCAACUUCUCUCCGACUUUCCUUCAUAGCAAGUUUCGCUUUUGCUGUAUUCACCCUUUGUCCUGCUAUGUGACCAGGUAGUCAAGUUUCGCAGCCACUGCUGUUGGUUCUUCGCUCAUCCUUGUGUUUAGUCGCUGGUGUCUGUGGUGCCGAAAAAGUUGGUGUCAGCUCCAAACGGCUGUCUAAAUUCUGGAAUAGAGUGUCGGCGUGGAAGUUGCAAAUAUUUCGUGUUUCCAUGAAAUCCUGCGGAGUAUCUCUUGCUACCGCCACUGCUACUUUGGGUGAUGACGCUGACGAAAAGAAAAUGGCGGCGGAAAAAGCGACUGGCGAAAGCGAAGAGGAGUCAGUUAGCCUGACAGCCGAAGAGAGGGAGGCUCUCGGUGGUUUGGACAGCUGCCUUUUCGGGUUCGUAAGUCUUAACGAAAAUGGCGAUGGCGCUAGGACGAAGACUCUACUUGGCAAGGCUGUACAGUGCUACGAAUCUUUAAUCUUAAAAGCCGAAGGAAAUGUGGAAUCUGAUUUCUUUUGUCAAUUAGGUCACUUCAACCUCUUAUUGGAAGAUUAUUCAAAAGCAUUAUCUGCAUAUCAGAAAUAUUACAGUUUACAGACUGACUAUUGGAAGAAUGCUGCAUUUUUAUAUGGACUUGGUUUGGUCUACUUCUACUACAAUGCAUUUCAUUGGGCAAUUAAGGCCUUUCAGGAUGUGCUUUAUGUUGAUCCCAGCUUUUGUCGAGCCAAGGAAAUUCACUUACGUCUUGGGCUAAUGUUUAAAGUGAACACAGAUUAUGAAUCUAGUUUAAAGCAUUUCCAGUUAGCUUUAAUUGACUGUAAUCCCUGCACUUUGUCCAGCACUGAAAUUCAAUUUCACAUUGCCCACCUGUAUGAAACCCAGAAAAAGUAUGAAACUGCAAAAGAAGCAUAUGAACAACUUUUACAGACAGAAAACCUUCCUACACGAGUAAAAGCGACUGUAUUACAACAGUUAGGUUGGAUGCAUCAUAAUAUGGAUCUGGCAGAAGACAAAGUCACCAAGGAAAGCUAUGCUAUUCAGUAUCUUCAGAAGUCAUUGGAAGCAGAUCCUAAUUCUGGCCAAUCUUGGUAUUUCCUUGGAAGCCACAACUGCCACAGCUGCACAGAUCUGAAGCCAGGAGCCAGGAGCCAGGAGCUUCUUCCAGGUCUCCAGCAUGGGUGCAGGAGCCCAAGGACGUGUUACUCAAGUAUUGGGAAAGUUCAGGAUGCCUUCAUAUCUUACAGGCAGUCUAUUGAUAAAUCAGAAGCAAGUGCAGAUACAUGGUGUUCAAUAGGUGUGCUCUAUCAACAGCAAAAUCAACCAAUGGAUGCUUUGCAGGCCUAUAUUUGUGCUGUGCAAUUGGACCAUGGGCAUGCCGCAGCUUGGAUGGACCUAGGUACCCUUUAUGAAUCCUGCAGCCAACCUCAAGAUGCCAUUAAAUGCUACUUAAAUGCAACUAGAAGUAAAAGUUGUAGUAACACCUCUACACUUGCAGCAAGAAUUAAGUUUUUGCAGGCUCAGUUGUGUAACCUUCCACAAGGUAGUCAACAGAAUAAAACUAAAUUACUUCCUAGUAUUGAGGAGGCAUGGAGCCUACCAAUCCCAGCAGAGCUUACCUCCAGGCAGGGUGCCAUGAACACAGCAUUGCAGAAUGGUUCUGAUAACUGGAAUAGUGACCAAACUGUUUCACAUCAUCCAGUACAGCAACAAGGUCAUUCAUGGUGUUUGACACCACAGAAAUUACAGCACUUGGAACAACUGCGUGCAAAUAAAGAUAAUCUAAAUCAAGCACAGAAAUUUAUAUUGGAACAGUUGGAAAGUCAGUUUGUAUUAAUGCAGCAACAACAAAGCACAUUUAUUCUACCUCAUAACCACAGAAACCUGAGCAUCAGCACAGAAGAGCCAUGGAGAAAACAACUGUCUAACUCCACUCAGGGGCUUCCUAAAGGUCAGAGUUCAAAUUUGGCAAGACUUAAUGAUGAUCAACCUCUUUUUACCCCUCAGUGUGCCCAAUAUCUACCUGCAGCUAGCACUGGUAUUCAGAAUCAGAAUGGACAUCGCACUCUGCCUAGAAAUUCAGUUUCACAGGGGAAUGCUGUCAAUCAUCUUUCCUCUCAUACUGCUACCUCAAGUGGACAGCAUGGCAUUACCCUUACCAAAGAGAGCAAGCCUUCAACAAAUAGAUCUUUGGGAACUGAAGUAAGCAGGCAUGCUGGAGACACUUCAUUUGGCUGUGCUGGAAGCAAGGGAUUUUCUAAUCAUAUCCAUCAGGUGGCAUCUGUUGUUGUUUCCAAUCCAAACCAUGGAGAUUGUAUGUCACCUGAUUUAUUAAUUCCAGACAAUCCUCAGCCCUCUGCCUUGUUGGUUAGAAAAGCCAAUGAUCAUUUGGGAAGUGGAACUUGUGACAACGUCAGUAAUUCUCACCCUGCUAUUCAUACAAAGACUGAUGAUUCUGUUGCCUCUUCACCUUCUUCAGCCAUUUCAACAUCAUCACCUUCUCCAAAAUCCACUGAACAGACAAGCACACAAAGUGUUACUAGCCUUAAGAGCCCUUGCAGUGGAUUACACACAAUUAAUGGAGAAAGGAUGAAAAACUUUCAGAGCUCUAAAAUAGUUGAUCUGACUCAAGAUAGUCAUAACUCCAGUGUUCAGAAUAUACCUUCAAUGUCUGUGUCAAUAUGCUCCAGUUCAUCAGACGUUCUGAAGACAUGCAGAAAUCUAGGUAAAAAUGGCUUAUCUAGUAAUCACAUUUUGUUUGAUAAAUGUCAACCUCCAAGACCGCCAACUUCGCCAUAUCCUCCCUUGCCUAAGGAGAAGUUGAAUCCACCCACGCCUAGUAUUUAUCUAGAAAAUAAACGUGAUGCUUUCUUUCCUCCUUUACAUCAGUUUUGUACAAACCCCAAAAAUCCCGUUACAGUAAUACGUGGCCUUGCUGGAGCUCUUAAGUUAGAUCUUGGCCUUUUCUCCACCAAAACGUUGGUAGAAGCUAACAAUGAACAUGUGGUAGAAGUGAGGACACAGUUGUUGCAACCAGCAGAUGAAAACUGGGAUCCCACUGGCACAAAAAAAAUCUGGCGUUGUGAAAAUAAUAGAUCUCAUACUACAAUUGCUAAGUAUGCACAGUACCAGGCUUCUUCCUUCCAGGAAUCACUACGAGAAGAAAAUGAGAAAAAAAUACAUCAUAAAGACCUUUCAGAUACUGAAUCCACAUCAACAGAUAAUUCUGGAAGGAGAAGAAAAGGACCUUUUAAAACUAUUAAAUUUGGGACCAAGAUUGAUCUCUCUGAUAACAAAAAGUGGAAGUUGCAGUUACAUGAGCUGACCAAACUUCCUGCUUUUGUACGUGUGGUAUCAGCAGGAAAUCUUCUAAGCCAUGUUGGUCAUACCAUACUGGGUAUGAAUACAGUGCAACUGUAUAUGAAAGUUCCAGGGAGUCGGACACCAGGUCACCAAGAAAAUAAUAACUUCUGCUCUGUUAAUAUAAAUAUUGGACCAGGUGAUUGUGAAUGGUUUGUUGUGCCUGAAGAUUAUUGGGGUGUUCUCAAUGAUUUUUGUGAAAAAAAUAACUUGAAUUUUCUCAUGAGUUCAUGGUGGCCCAAUCUUGAAGAUCUUUAUGAAGCAAAUGUUCCUGUGUAUAGAUUUAUUCAGCGGCCUGGAGAUUUAGUGUGGAUUAAUGCAGGCACUGUGCACUGGGUUCAAGCUAUUGGCUGGUGCAACAACAUUGCCUGGAAUGUUGGUCCUCUUACAGCCUGCCAGUAUAAAUUGGCAGUGGAAAGGUAUGAAUGGAACAAAUUACAAAGUGUAAAGUCAGUAGUACCUAUGGUUCAUCUCUCUUGGAAUAUAGCACGGAAUAUUAAAGUCUCAGAUCCAAAGCUUUUUGAAAUGAUUAAGUAUUGUCUUCUGAAAAUUUUAAAGCAAUGUCAGAGGUUGAGAGAAGCUCUUACGGCAGUCGGAAAACAGGUUAUAUGGCAUGGGCGGAGAAGUGAUGAACCAGCUCAUUAUUGUAGCAUCUGUGAGGUGGAGGUGUUUAAUCUACUUUUUGUCACUAACGAGAGCAAUUCUCAAAAGACCUAUGUGGUACAUUGCCAAGACUGUGCGCGAAAAAUAAGUGGAAAUUUGGAAAAUUUUGUGGUACUAGAACAGUACAAAAUGGAGGACCUGAUGCAAGUCUAUGACCAGUUUACAUUAGCAAAGUGGACAGUGAGAGAGAGAGAAAGAGAGAAAAGUCUUCCUUUUCCGUUGGUUCACACCCCAAUGGCCGCUGCAGCCGGCGAACCAUGCUGAUCCGAAGCCAGGAGUCAGGUUCCUUCACUAUCAUCUUCUUCACCUUGAUAUAGUUCCGUGAAUAUUAAGUGAGACCUUUCUUCUUUUUAGGAAAUAGCUACACUACCAGUUUUGUAGCUCUUUGAUAAAACUGCUGACUCAAAAGAUAUGUCUAUGCAACCUUCCAAGAACAGAGUGUCAAGCAACUGGAACAGGGAGAAUACUGCUCUACUCCAAAACUAACAAAGCUGAAGCAGCUGUACUUAAAAAAAGGAAAAAUAAUAACCUUAUGUUUGUGUAUAUCUGACAAAAUUGUCACUGUUACACGGACAGCUGACUUGAAGACGAUUUGACUUGCAUCUAUAUUAUACCUCUCCAAAAUUUUCCUGGGGAGCGACUGGGUGACAAUACUGUUCAAGCUGUUCUCCAGCUUUCUUUUUUUUUUUUUUUUUUUUUUUGGUAAAUAUAAGUGUGGAAGUUUUUCAUUAUUUUGUGUUUUUCUAUAUUGUUUUGAGGCCAUAAUGAUUACAAUUGUGAUUUCAAAUAAAUUUUUAAAAAACUAAUGGCCGAGACACAAAGAUAAUGGAUUGCACACAAACUAAGGAAUAAACUUCAAAUUUGUGAUUUGGUUUCUAGUCUUGAUACAGAUUUCCACUAUUUAUAAAUACAUAUUUAUUGCUUGAAAAUGCUUGUGAAUGGAAUGUUAAUUUUUUUAGACUUACUUGCCAUAAGAUACUAAGGAGUUCUGUAAUUUUAAACAAUACUCCUAGUACAUUUUCUAUAUGUAAGUAAAAUUAUUUAGCUUCUUUUGGAAAUUUUUAUUAGAUUUGUUUAAUUUUUAAAGGGUUUUCCACUGAUGUGUCUUAAAAAGACUCCCUGUAAAGACCCAGUUUUUGUUAAUUUUCAAAUUUAAUGAUUAUAUGUAUUUUAUAUAUGUGUAUAUACACACAUAUGUAUAAUAUAUAUAUAGAAAUCUCAACAUAAAAUUAUAUAAAUGUGGGCAUUUUUAAUUUUUUACAUUUAUGAUAGUUUUGGGGUACCUCCUGUGAAAUAUUGCUUACAAAAGGAUGCUAUUUUUAAAGUAUAUGUCUUUUUUUCUGAUUUAUUAAGUUACAUUACUGGAGUAAUAGCCAAUAAAUAUUUGCUUAGAAAAUUAUUUUAUAAUUGUAGAAAACAAGUGGUGAGUGAAAUGAAAAUUUUAAACGUAACAUAGAUUUGAUAAAUCUUGUUCCUCAUUCAGUUUUUUAUUAUAAAGUAUUAAAAGUGAUGACCUUAAUAUUAGAAACAAAUAUUUUGAGGGACUUGCAGAUGACUUUGAAAUUCCAUACUCUGCUGUUGUAUGCAUAAUUUGGGAUAGUAAAGGGAGUUUAAAAUUUCCUCUCACAAGUUAAUUUUAACAUAGGUACUUAAAAAUACCUUUAUUCAUAUGAACAACAAUUUUAAUUUAACAGUAUUAUUCCAUUUGGAUUUUCUAUUUCUAUAGUUGCUGAAAGAUUUGAACUAUAUUUUUGUUCUACCACAUAAUUGUUUCUAAGAGUUUUCUAGGUUGUGCUUGUGAAGAAUCGUAAGAUGACAUAAAUGAAGUUAAUGUAAAUUUUGAGAGAACUUCUUAUUCUGUAUAAUGGUAUAUUUUGGAAGCUGCGUCAUUGAAUAACAUUUUCCAAACAGUUUUGGAGUAUUUUGGCCUUU